AUGGCACCACCAAAACGAAACAGCAGCUCCAAGCCGAUCCCCAAGGGAUACGCCGAGGACAACUCAAAGGGUCCGAUGCUGCGGUUCCAAGAAUCGCUGCCGCGGCUGCCCGUGCCGACGCUCGAGGAGACGGCUGCUCGCUACGUCAAGUCGCUGCGGGCGCUCUACCCAACCGAAGACGUAGCUAAGAGCGAGGCUGCGGUGGCAGAGUUCAUCCGACCAGGCGGCGUGGGCCAGCGAUUGCAGGCCAAGCUGGUGGCUCAGCGCGACGACGCCAGCGUGAAGAAUUGGCUGUCGGAGUGGUGGAACGACGCGGCCUAUCUGGCAUACCGCGAUCCCGUGGUGCCGUACGUGUCGUAUUUUUACUCACAUCGCGAUGAUCGUCGCCGUCGCGAUCCAGCCAAGCGGGCGGCAGCGGUCACGACGGCCGCGCUCGCGUUCAAGAAGCUCGUCGACUCGGGCACGCUCGAGCCUGAGUACAUGAAGGGGCUGCCAGUCUGCAUGGACAGCUACAAGUGGAUGUUCAACUGUGACCGGAUUCCAGCGCGGCCCAAGGACUACGCAGAGAAGCACGAGGCGGCGACGAACAAGCACAUUAUCGUGGCACGCAAGAACCGCUUCUACAAGGUGGUGCACGAGGCGGGCGGCCGCACGCUGAACGCCAGCGAACUCGAGGCGCAAUUCCGUCGUGUCUACGAGCUGGCCAGCGGGGCGUCGGGUCCAGCGCCACCGGUCGGCUUCCUGACGUCAGAGAAUCGCGACGUCUGGACGGAUGUGCGGACAGCUCUGGCGGCAGCGAGCCCGGUCAACGCCGAGGCGCUUUCAACAAUUGACUCGGCGGCCUUCCUCGUCUGCCUCGACGAUGCGGCACCGGUCACGCUGGAGGAGCGGGCACACCAAUACUGGCACGGUGACGGGUCGAACCGCUGGUUUGACAAGCCGCUGCAGUUCAUCGUCAACGACAACGGCACGGCCGGCUUUAUCGGCGAGCACAGCAUGAUGGACGGCACGCCGACACACCGUCUCAACGACUGGGUAUGCGAUGCGAUCUUCAACAACAAGCUGGACGCGCUCAACGAUCCGCACGUGCGCGCCGACCUGCCCGAGCCGGUGGCGGUGGACUUCCGGCUGACGGAGCCGCUGACGGCGGCGAUUGCAGCAGCCGGCGAGCACUUUGCCGACGUGAUCGGGCGCCACGAGCUGGCCGUGCAGGCGUACCAGGGCUACGGCAAGGGCCUGAUCAAGAAGUUCCGCUGCUCGCCCGACGCGUAUGUGCAGAUGGUCAUCCAGCUGGCCUACUUCAAGAUGUACGGCAAGAACCGACCGACGUACGAAUCGGCAACGACGCGUCGCUUCCAGCUCGGUCGCACCGAGACGUGUCGUUCUGUGUCGGAGGAGUCGGUGGCCUUUUGCCGCGCCAUGGCCGGUCCUGGCAGUGAUGCCGACAGCGUCGAUGCGGCCACGCGCCAGAAGCUGUUCCGUGCGGCCAUUGACGCGCACCUGGAGUACAUUGCGGCGGCAUCGGAUGGCAAGGGUGUCGAUAGGCAUCUCUUUGGGCUGCGCAAGCUGCUGGAGCCCGGCGAAGAAGUGCCGGCCAUCUACGCGGACCCGGCGUAUGCAUACUCGAGCAAGUGGUUCCUGUCGACGAGUCAGCUGAGCUCCGAGUUCUUCAACGGCUACGGGUGGAGCCAAGUCGUCGACGAGGGCUUUGGCAUUGCUUACAUGAUCAACGAGAACAGCCUUAACUUUAACAUCGUGUCCAAGGGCCUGGGAAGCACCCGGAUGAGCUUCUACCUGAACGAGGCCGCUGGCGACAUUCGCGACCUGCUACUGCCGACGCUGGAAACGGCCAAGGCGAAGCUGUGA